AUUUUUAGGGCUCUAAAUCCGUUGGACCAGUGGCGGGAAGGUGCCGAAAAUUCCAACGAAAUCGGCCGCGAAAUUGAGACCUUGAACCCCAGAUGUCCUUCAUCGAUGAAUUUCAAGCCAAUCUGGAAUCCCUACCAAAUAUUCUACAAAAGAAGUAUGCAUUGAUCUGUGAUCUGGACAAAAGUUUGCAAGUUUUCUGCUGCAUCUAGUGGUAUAGGUGAAAAUUCCAAAUAUCCAGAGUAAAAUGGUCUUUUCUAGAUGCUUUUAUUGUUGUGUGACUUAUGGUCUUUGUUUUGAGUUCAGUUAUUGAGCUGAUAUUUUUUUGCAAUACCUGCCCCAAGAACCCCAGGUUUAUGGGGCUGUGUAAACUUGUGAUGCCAUGUUAGCAUCUAGUUAUGAAGCACUUUUUUCCCUUUUGUUUUCUAUUUUAUAUGUAAAGAUAAAGUUAUGGUUAUUGUAACGUACCUGGCUUUGUUGUCUAUUUUGGCUUUGCUUCCUGUUUCUACUAUCCUGUUUUCACUUGUGGCCUUAACCACUUUUUUGUGUUUUGUAUAUGAACUGAAAUUGUGAGACAAAAUGAACAACGUUGUGAACAAGAAAUAGAGGAUAUCAAGAAUGGUGUCAGGGCUGGAAAUAUUACACCAGAUACUUCACUUAUUAGAUUCUCAGAUGAAGCACUAGAUGAGCAAAAGCAUAGCAUCAGGGUUGCAGAUGAAAAAGUUGCCUUGGCUGUUCAAGCUUGCGAUUGGGUCUACAUUAUGUGGAAUUGUGGAUUGGGAUCAAUCUCCUUUGCACGGUUAUCAUUCAAUACUCUGACUGUUUGUGAUGUAAUCAUGAUUUGGGUAGAUACACACAUACAACAGCUUGAUCAAUAUUGGAAAAGAUUGAUGAAGAGCUCCGGCGUGAAAGAGAGAAUGCUGCUGCUGCUGUUUUGCCUGCUGCAAGUCUUGAUGGCAGUGCGAAAUCUGGAAGUAGUGAAGGUGGAAGGGGAGGGCGUAAAAAAACACGCCUGGCAACAGCAAUGGCAGCAGCAGCGGCAGAAACAGAAGUAGCAGCAGCUGCUGCUGCUAAUCUAACUGGCAUGGAGCUAGAUUUACCAGUGGAUCCAAAUGAGCCUACAUACUGUUUCUGCAACCAAGUCAGCUUUGGUGAGAUGGUGGCAUGCAAUAACCCUGAUCAGUCCAAGAUAGACUGGUUUCAUUUUGGAUGUGUUGGUCUUAAAGAACAACCAAAAGGAAAAUGGUAUUGUUCGGACUGUGCUGCUGCAAAAAAUAGCUGCAAAGCAGAUGAUGCUUGAUGAGUUGAAUUUAUAUAUAUAUUAAUGUGAAAUUUUUGCUUUGAUAUUAUUAAUAUUUGGAUAAAUUUUAUGAGAUUUUACAUGAUUUUCAUUCUUUGUGCAGAAAGACUUGAAUGCAUAAAAAUAAGAGUUUUUGGAAUUAAUUGAACAUCUUUUG